ACUCUCUGGUCGAUCACUGGCCAGUCAAUAAAACAAACGAAGGCAUGGUGGCCUGUCUGCCUGUCUGAAAGAAAAAGACACUGCAUGCAUCUCUGUGCUAGCUUAUCUGCCUCUCUUUCUCACCUCCUAGAUCUCAAGCCUUAAACCCUUGCAAAGACUCCUACCACUUGCCAUUUUGCCAAGCUCAACCUCUAGGGCUCUAGGCAGCUCAGGUCCAUCAAUGGCGCCCACACAGCUUGUCGGUCGCCGCCGCCAUCUUCUUCUUCCUCUGUUGUCGAUGGCCCUCUUCGCUGCUGCCGUGAACGCUUCUGCUCAAGCUGCUGCUUCUGAUCCAGCACUGAUGCAGGUACUGAACCAGAAGAAGAACAUGAGAUCAGCCAGAUCCCUGCUCCAGGCUCCAAAACUAGACUGUCCAGCGACGUGCCUGGGGCGGUGCAGCAACAACUGGAAGAACGAGAUGUGCAACGACAAGUGCAACGUGUGCUGCAAGCACUGCAACUGCGUCCCUCCCGGCACCGGUCAGGACACCCGCCACCUCUGCCCCUGCUACGACACCAUGAUCAACCCACACAACGGCAAGCUCAAAUGCCCAUAGAUAAAGAUCAUAUAGAUAUCACCAUCUUUAUGAUCUUCAUGCCAUGGUCUCAUGUCAUGCCUGUGAUUUGCAAGCUAGGGUGAUCUCAGGGCAGAAUAAUUAUAAUAAGAGACCAGUUUCUGUUUCCUACUCCUUGUACUCCUACCUUGUUGAUCAGAUCUAUAUGUAUAUAGCAUAUAAUUAAGGCAGCUAAUUAAGUGACAGGUUUGCAUUUGCCGA